CUUUUCUUUUCAUCAUUCUGUUCACUAAUAACAAAUAAGAAUAGCACCUUUCUAUAUCGCAUAUCCUAUUCAAACUAUAUUUAAAGCUUAAAACAUGGUCGAUGAGGAACAAAGUGUAUCACAGGCUCAUCAAUCGCAGGAGCCACAUGCUGCCACUACGGCAGUAUCCAACAUAUUUGAUCCGGUAGUGGCGCAGAACAUAGAAAGAGAGCCCGUGUCUGCUCCAGCUGUAUCAUCAUCUGGCAUCAGCCACCCGCAUAUAUUUAGAAAGGGUACAUUGAUCGAAAUCCCUGAUGUGCUACCCAAGCCCCUGCAGAGCCGCCCAAGCCGCAGGGGUAAGACAGCAGCCCUCAAGCAACGGCUGGUGGCGAUAUGCAUUAAGAAUGAUGAUCAGGCCAAAUAUGUCAUUGAAUGGGUUUUGGAGACCGAGCUUAUCCCCAGGCGGGAUAACGUGGUGCUCAUCCAUGUGCGGCAGGCUGCCAAUGGCAUUGUCGGCGAUCUUAUAUUAACUAACAAUGCCAAAGAGGUGGCCGAGCGCGAUCGCACAGGGGGAUACAACAUCAAGGGCGUGUCGAUUCGCGGCGUGGACAUUCGUGGCGAGCUGGUGCGCAAGCUUGUGGAGCUUAAGUGUGACCUGGCUAUCAUCGGCAACCACACGGCCAAGUCAAUGCGGGAGCGGAUAAUUGGGUGCAAGGUCGAGUACCUAACUGAAAACUCGCCCUGCCCUGUAUUGGUUGUUGGAAGCAGAAUGCAGCGGGUUGCCAAAGAUAUUACAGAUGACGCGAUCA